CUUAGGGAUGACAUCACUGGCUGUUGGCGUGGUCCUAUGCCUAACAGGCUGGAUCACUCUCUACACCCUACUGUGUAACACCAAUGGCAGCCAUGGCUCUGAGUGGAACUGUAGGCUGGUCACACUGCUCCAUGGCAUCCUGGCAGUCUGUAUAACAGCAUACAUAGGCUAUGUGGAUGGACCUUGGCCCUUCACACAUCCAGGUAAGAUGCUUAAUAUCUAAUCCCAUGUAGUGCUGCUCCUACACCACCUUUCUGUAAAGGUGGUAAAGUUGGUAUAGGAGCAACAUGUUUUUUUUAAUGUAGUUUCUUGAUCAGUAUACUUUGAUGUGUGUUUGUAUGUUACUAACUAUGAAUAGUGUUUACAAUAACGUUGUGAUCUUGUUUCCAGGCACAAAGAACACCCCCCUUCAGAUCAGUGCUAUGGUCAUUAGCCUGGGUUACUUCAUCUUCGACAUGGGCUGGUGUGUUUACUUCAGCACCGAGGGCCCGGUGAUGCUGGCCCACCACACCAUGAGCAUCCUGGGUAUCUUGCUGACCCUGAGCUUGGGGGAAUCAGGCAUCGAGUCCUGCGCCGUGCUCUUUGGCAGUGAGAUCACAAACCCCCUGCUGCAAGCUCGCUGGUUUCUGAGACAGUUGGGACGCUAUGAGAGCCUGACAGGGGAGGCGGUGGAUGUUCUGUUUGUAGUGCUAUUUGUGUUUAUGCGCAUAGUGGUUGGCGGAAGGAUGUUGUACUGCGAGCUCAUCUCCCCACGGCCCAUGUUCAUUAUAAAGUGUGGGGGAGUUGCCAUGUAUGUGCUGUCCUGGGUGUUCAUGGUGGACAUUGGUCGUUUUGCCUACCGCAAGAGUCAAUCCAAAUACAGAUGCUGGAAUGACCAACACAGAUUGGCAACAGUUAACAGACAUGAUGGAAAGACAGACUGAAAGACUUCCUGAUCUUUAGUUUAUACUAAUAUACCUUUAACAAAUGAUUAACUAACAAAUGGUUGUGUGUAAGCAAGGGGUCAAAGUCAAGCAAUUAUUUGUUAUUCAGCUUACACUUGUACAUGUUUGUGCUCAGUUCAGAAAAAACAAGCUGCUCAGUUUAGACAUACACUGUUCAUCAGUCACUUUGGAUUAUAACACAGGUUCAUUUGAAGGUAAUGUACAGUGCCUUCAGAAAGUAUUCACAUCCUUUUUCCACAUUUUGUUCAAAUCAAAUUAAAUGUAGACAACAGGUGUAGACUAACAGUGAAAUGCUUACUGGUCCAUUUCCAACAAUGCAGAGUUAAGAUACAACAUUUAAUAAAAAUAUAUAUAAAUAUUGACACAAGGAAUAAAUAAUACACAGUGAAUAAAAAUAAUGAGUAAAAAUAACAUGGCUAUAUAUAGGGAGCAGAACAUAACAUGGCUAUAUACAGGGAGUACCAGUACGGAGUCGAUGUGCAGGGGUACGAGGUAAUUGAGGUAGCUAUGCACUGUACAUAUACACUACCGGUCAAAAGUUUUAGAACACCUACUCAUUCAAGGAUUUGUCUUUAUUUUUACUAUUUUCUACAUUGUAGAAUAAUAGUGAAGACAUCAAAACUAUGAAAUAACACAUAUGGAAUCAUGUAGUAACCAAAAAAGUGUUAAACAAAUUAUUGCACACAGAGUCCAUGCAACUGCCAAGAGUGUGCAAAGCUGUCAUCAAGGCAAAGGGUGGCUAUUUGAACAAUCUUAAAUAUAAAAUAUAUUUGAUUUGUUUAACACUUUGUUGGAUACUACAUGAUUCCAUAUGUGUUAUUUCAUAGUUUUGAUGUUUUCACUAUUAUUCUACAAUGUAGAAAGUAGUAAAAAUAAAGAAAAACCCUUGAAUGAGUAGGUGUUCUAAAACUUUUGACUGAUAGUGUAGGUAGGGGUAAAGUGACUAGGCAACAGGAUAGAUAAUAGACAGUAGCAGCAGCGUAUGUGGUGAUUGUGUUGUGUUACAGCCUGAAUUUAAAAUUGAUUACAUUUAGAUUUUUGGUCACUGGCCUACACACAAUACUCCAUAAUGUCAAAGUAGAAUUGUUGUUUGAAAUUUUGACAGAUUAAUUACAAAUGAAAAGCUGAAAUGCCUUGAGCAGUGGUGGAAAAAGUACCCAAUUGUCAUACUUGAGUAAAAGUAAAGAUACCUUCAUUGAAAAUGACUAAAGUAAAAAGUGAAAGUCACCCAGUAAAAUACUAGUUGAGCAAAAGUCUAAAAGUAUUUGGUUUUAAAUAUAGUUAAGGAUCAAAAGUAAAUGUAAUUGCAAAAAUAUACUUAAGUAUCAAAAUUGCUUAUAUUAAGCAAACCAGACGGCACAAUUUUAUUUGUAUUUAUUUAUUUAGGGAUAGCCAGGGGCACACUCCAACACUCAGACAUAAUUUACAAACAAAGCAUUUGUGUUUAGUGAGUCCGCCAGAUCAGAGGCAGUAGGGAUGACCAGGGAUGUACUCUUGACAAGUGUGUGAAUUGGACCAUUUUCCUGUCCUGCUAAGCAUUCAAAAUGUAGCGAGUACUUUUGGGUGUCAGGGAAAUGUAUUGACUAAAAAGUACAUUAUUUUCUAUAGGAAUGUAGUGAAGUAAAAGUUGCGAAAAAUAUAAAUAGUAAAGUAUAGAUACCCCAAAAAACUACUUAAGUAGUAUUUUAUUUUUACUUAAGUACUUUACACCACUGGUCUUGAGUCAGUAAGUAUUUGACCCCUUUGGUAUGGCAAGCCUGAAUAAGUUCAGAAGUAAACAUUUGCAUAACAAGUCACAUACAGUUGAAGUCGGAAGUUUACAUGCACCUUAGCCAAAUACAUUUAAACUCAGUUUAAACUCAAGCUUUAACUUCCUGACUGAUGUCUUGAGAUGUUGCUUCAAUAUAUCUACAUAAUUUUCCUUCCUCAUGAUGCUUCACGUUUGGGAUGGUGUUCUGCGGCUUGCAAGCCACCCCCCUUUUCCUCCAAACAUAACAAUGGUCAUUAUGGCCAAACAGUUCUAUUUUUGUUUCAUCAGACCAGAGGACAUUUCUCCAAAAAGUAUGAUCUUUGUCCCCAUGUGCAGUUGCAAACCGUAGUCUGUCUUUUUUAUGGCGGUUUUGAAGCAGUGGCUUUUUCCUUGCUGAGCGGCCUUUCAGGUUAUGUCGAUAUAGGACUCGUUUUACUGUGGAUAUAGAUACUUUUGUUCCUGUUUCCUCCAGCAUCUUCACAAGGUCCUUUGCUGUUGUUCUGGGAUUGAUUUGCACUUUUCGCACCAAAGUACGUUCAUCUCUAGGAGACAGAACGCCUCUCCUUCCUGAGCGGUAUGACGGCUGCGUGGUCCAAUGGUGUUUAUACUUGCGUACUAUUGUUUGUACAGAUGAACGUGGUACCUUCAGGCGUUUGGAAAUUGCUCCCAAGGAUGAACCAGACUUGUGGAGGUCUACAAUUAUUUUUCUGAGGUCUUGGCUGAUUUCUUUUGAUUUUCCAAUGAUGUCAAGCAAAGAGGCACUGAGUUUGAAGGUAGGCCUUGAAAUACAUCCACAGGUACACCUCCAAUUUACUCAAAUUAUGUCAAUUAGCCUAUCAGAAGCUUCUAAAGCCAUGACAUCAUUUUCUGGAAUUUUCCAAGCUGUUUAAAGGCACAGUCAACUUAGUGUAUGUAAACUUUUGACCCAAAGGAAUUGUGAUACAGUGAAUUAUAAGUGAAAUAAUCUGUCUGUAAACAAUUGUUGGAAAAAAUACUUGUGUCAUGCCAAAACUAUAGUUUGUUAACAAGAAAUGUGUAGAGUGGUUGAAAAACGAGUUUUAAUGACCUAAGUGUAUGUAAACUUCCGACUUCAACUGUAAGUUGCAUGGACUCACUCUGUGUGCAAUAAUAGUUUUUAACAUGAUUUUUAAAUCUAUGGUAAAACCUGAAAAUGGUUGUCUAGCAAUGAUCAACAGAGCUUGAAGAAUUCUGAAAAGAAUAAUGGGCAAAUGUUGCACAAUCCAGGUGUGGAAAGCUCUUAGAGACUUACCCAGAAGACUGACCGCUGUAAUCGCUGCCAAAGGUGAUUCUAACAUGUAUGUAUUCUAACAUGCAUCUCCCGUGUGGCGCAGUGGUCUAAGGCACUGCAUCGCAGUGCUAGCUGUGCCACUAGAGAUCCUGGUUCGAAUCCAGGCUCUGUCGUAGCCGGCCGCGACCGGGAGACCCAUGGGGCGGCGCACAAUUGGCCCAGUGUCGUCCAGGGUAGGGGAGGGAAUGGCUGGCAGGGAGGUAGCUCAGUUGGUAGAGCAUGGCGUUUGCAACGCCAGGGUUGUGGGUUCGAUUCCCACGGGGGGCCAGUAUAAAAAAUUAAAAUAAUAAUAAUAAUUCUACUAAAAAAUUAAAAUAAAAAAAUUAGAAUGGAUGCACUCACUAACUGUAAGUCGCUCUGGAUAAGAGCGUCUGCUAAAUGACUAAAAUGUAAAAUGUAUUGACUCAGGGGGUUGAAUACUUAUAUAAUCAAGAUAUAUUAGUGUUUUAUUUUUCAUAAAUGUUUUACAAAUGUUAGAAUUUUUCAUCCACUUUGACAUUACAGAGUAUUUUGUGUAGAUCAUUGACAAUUUAUUUGUUUACAAUUAAAUCCAUUUUAAUCCCACUUUGUAACAGAACAAAAUGUGGAAAAAGUCGAGGAAAAGUCGAGGGGUGUGAAUACCUUUUGAAGGCACUGUUUUUCCACAUUGCAAUUAUGCUGCAUUUUACAGAACAUUUACUGAACAUAAAAUGUAGGUUAAUCUGACUUGCUCGCACAAAUAUUAAGCAUUGCUGAUAUUUUUGGUGAUGGUAGAAAGUGAAGUGCGUCAUGCAGUCUUUUGGAACUUCUAUAUGUGUUUGUGUGUGUGUUGAUCAUUUAAGUGUUUUUUGUUUUGUUUUUGUGUAUUUAGCUGAGGGAUGACAUCACUGUCUGUUGGCGUGGUCCUCUGCCUUACAGGCUGGAUCACUCUCUACACACUACUGUGUAACACCAAUGGAAGCCGUGGCUCUGAGUGGAACUGUAGGCUGGUCACACUGCUCCAUGGCAUCCUGGCGGUCUGCAUAACAGCAUACAUAGGCUAUGUGGAAGGUCCAUGGCCCUUCACACAUCCAGGUAAGAUGCUCGCCAUCUAAUUACACUGAAACAGAGUAAUCGUUUCCAUGUAGAGUGCUGCUUCUAUACCACCUUUCUCUAAAGGUGGUUAAGUUGGUAUAGGGGUCAUUCCAUGUCAUUUCAGCAAGCCAUUAUUUAUUAUAUAUUUUUUUAGUCAUUUUUUAGCAGACGCUCUUAUCCAGAGCAACUUACAGGAGUAAUUAGGGUUAAGUGCCUUGCUCAAGGGCACAUCGACAGAUUUUUCACCUAGUCAGCUCGGGGAUUAGAACCAGCGACCUUUCGGUUACUGGCACAACGCUCUUAACCACUAAGCUACCUGCCGCCUCGACACCCAUGACACCCACUAUCUCAUAUUGUUCUGAAAUCAUUAAUCAAGAUUAGCAUUUUUGCAACAUUAUCUUGUUUAGAUAUAAUUUGAUCUGUGAGAAAUUAAGCUAAUUGAUUUUACCCAAAUUGGCCAUUUUAAUGUGUAGGCUUCAUAUAAUAUUCUAUAAAUAUAGUACCUUACAUCCGAUUUGGACCAAACUUUUUUUGUAACAAUGAGUAAGACAUUAGGAAUCCAAAGAAAUGGUUAAAAGCCACCCAGGGACCUCCACGCCAAUCCCAACCCAACGAGUAUACAAUAUCAGUUCUCUAUGUCUGACAAGUAGUAUGGAGCUGCGGCUCAGAAUAUUGUUUCUUCAUCCUAUGUAAUGUAUUCUCAGAAAUAUGUCAUUUUAAGUUGUUAGGUUUAUGUCACAUCCAACAUCCUGAUAUUACCUGGUUGAGACCACUAGAUGGUGCUGUUCCAGGACUAUAUAAAUACUUAUGGUAAUAUGCUAAUGGUAAUAUACACUGAGUGUACAAAACAUUAGGAACACCUUCCUAAUAUUGAGUUGCAUCUCCUUUUGCCCUCAAUUCGUCGGGACAUGGACUCUACAAUGUGUCGAAAGCGUUCCACAGGGAUGCUGGCCCACGUUGACUCCAAUGCUUCCCGCAGUUGUGUUAAGUUGGCUGGAUGUCCUUUGGGUGGUGGACCAUUCUUGAUACACACGAAAAACUGUUGAGCGUGAAAAACCCAGCAGGGCUGCAGUUCUUAACACACUCAAACCGCCUGGCACCUACUACCAUACCCCGUUCAAAGGCACUUAAAUCAUUUGUCUUGGCUAUUCACCCUGUGAAUGGCACACAUACACAAUCCAUGUCUCAAUUGUUUCAAGGCUUAAAAAUCCUUCUUUAACCUGUCUCCUCCCUGUCAUUUACACUGAUUGAAGUGGAUUUAACAGGUGACAUCAAUAAGGGAUUAUAGUUUUCACCUGAAUUCACAGGAGUAACAGUGACCAGUAACAGGAUAAAAACUAAUAGUAAUGGCAAUCAAUAAUCAAUGGACAGCAGCGUAAUAGAGUAAUAAAUCAAAUCAAUAAUACUUUUGACAGCAGCGUAGGUUGUGUCUGAGUUGGUAGAGACCUGUGGAUGGGCAUAGAUGGAAUCAGUGUGGAUAGUCUGUGGGAGAGGGAGAGCAGUAGUUGUUAGCCAUUCAAGAGUAUUAUGGCCAGGGGAUAGAAGCUGUUUAGGAGUCUGUUGGUCUGAGCCUUGACGCACCGGUACCACCUGCUGGACUGGAGCAUGGAGAACAGUCUAUGUCUCGGGUGGCUAAAAUCUUUGGCAGUUUUUCGGCCCUUUCUCAGACACCGCCUGGACCAUCCUCAACUACCUCUGUAGGGCCUUCCAGUCACGGGCGGGGCAGUUGCCACACCAGAGAGUGAUACAACCAGUCAGGAUGCUCUCAAUGGAGCAGCUGUACAAGUUCCUGAGGAUCUGAGGGGCCAUGCCAAAUCGUUUCAGUCUCCUAAGGGCUUCUAAGGGUGUGUGUAGGACCAUGUUAAGUCCUCAGUGAUGUGGACACUGAGGAACUUGAAGCUUUUGACCCCCCCCCUACCCCCCCUCCCGUUUCCUGUAGUCCAUGAUCAGCUCCUUGGUCUUGCUGACAUUGAGGGGGAGGCUGUUUUCCUGGCAAAACACUGCCAGUUCUCUGACCUCCUUCCUGUAGGCUGUCUCAUCUCCGUUGGUGAUCAGGCCUACCACCGCCGUGUCAUCAGCAAACUUGAUGAUUGAGUUGGAGAUGUGCGUGGCCACACAGUCAUGGAUAAACAUGGAGUACAGGAGGGGGCUAAGCACACACCCCUGUGGGGGGCCCCGUGUUGAGAGUCAGCGUGGCGGAGGAUUUGUUGCCUACUCUAACCACCUGGGGUCAGCCCGUCAGGAAGUCCAGGAUCCAGUUGGAGAGGGAAGUGUUCAGUCCCAGGGUCCCGAGCUUGGAGGGCACUAUGGGUGUUGAAUGCUGAGCUGUAGUCGAUGAACAGCAUUCUCAAAUAGGUAUUCCUCUUGUCCAGGUAGGAGAGGGCAGUGUGGAGUACAAUUGAGAUUGUAUUGUCUGUAGAUCUGUUGGGGCGGUAUGCAAACUGAAGUGGGUCUAGGGUGUCUGGGAUGAUAUGUGCCAUGACCAGCCUUUCAAAGCACUUCAUGACUACAGAUGUUAGUGCUACAGGGUGGUAGUCAUUGUGGCAUGAAGCCUUAGAGUUCUUGGGAACAGGAAUGAUGGUGGUCAGCUUGAGACAUGGGGAUUACAGACUGGGACAAGGAGAGGUUGAAAAUGACCGUGGAGAUGCCUGCGAGCGAAUGUUGACCAGAUUAAAAACCUUAUUCACGUCGGCCUCGGGGAGCGAGAUCACCCAGUAGUCUGGGAUGGCGGGGGCCCUCGUGCAGUGCUCUGUGUUGUUUUUGUUCGAAGCGUGCAUAAAAUGUAUUGAGUUCAUCUACAUAGGUGGGAGUCUCGAGCCCGGACUUUGCUACAUAUUUAGGCGGGAGUCUCGAACCCGAAGCUCUACAGAUCAGAGCUGAUGCUUAGUGUUGCUAGCUAUUCUCUCAAAGCAUCCGAAGCUGACACCGUGGCACCAGCUCGAGGCCUCAAAGCAGACACUGAGGCACAUCGAGACACAAAGCUAUUUAGCAUAUUUAUUUUUAUUAUAGUUACUUUUUCUUGAAACACACUUCUCUUGUGUAUCCAAUUGAGUGAAAAUCUGUUCCUUGCACACAGAUUCAGUGCUGUACUCAGGAUGUCAUUCCACCCGUGUCAACAGUGUGAGAAACAACCCCCAGCCUCAGAUGAGCACACUCUUUGCAUUCUUUGCUUGGGAGCUGAACAUGCUCAAGUGGCUCACAGGGUAGCAGCUGUUGUACUCACUGUCAGAAAUUCAAACCGAGAGCAUUGAAAUCUCGACUUGAGAGCUUUGUGGGCGGAACCUCCGGACUGUCAUCAGAUGAGUGAGCUUCCCACUCUUAUGCCACAGACUAUGAUCACUCUGAUGAUGAUGAUGAUGAUGAUGAUGAUGAUUGGUAUGCACCAUGGCUCUAGCAUCGUCCAGUCCCAGCCUGUCGGCAGCAACGCUCAUGCCCCGCCCACCUGAGGAUCUGUCUUUUUCAGCCAUCUAUUUACUUUGUGUGAGGGGUGCAAAAUCCACUUGUCACUUAAAUCUCACUGGAUUGAUUGCUUUCAUUUUACUCCUGUGACUCUUUCAUACUCUUGCUUGUGCCUGUCGUUGUUUCCAGUUAAUGGUACAACGUGGAAAUGUUUGUAAUGACCUGUCAAACACUGAAAUGGGCUCAAUGGAACACAUUCUCUUUCCGUUGCAUCUAUAAGAAUGCUAAAGCUUCAUCUAGGAUUUAACACAUCAUCUCGACACUUACAUCACAAGACAGAGAAGAAAGAUAACUUUAUUUUGAUUGGUGUUAAUUUUUGGUGGAAUGGAAAAAAGUGAUAAUUUACUACAAAUUAGAUGAAAGCAACUUCCGAAAAUGAACACUUAUAGUGAGUGAUAUGAUGUCUGAUCUCGCAAACAAUGUGAAGUAUGUAUAGAUAGGUGUAACCUAGAGCCAAGCGUGUUGUUUUUUUUUAUCCGAGUGUAUUCUGCUAUUUACACACUUGUUGAAUGAUGCUACAGAACGUGACAACAACAGUAAUUAAUGAGGUAGUGUAGACAGCACAGGUGAUUGCAGGUAGGCCUAGACAGAGGACAUUGUUGUGGUUGCAGCCCUGUUCCACCCCUUUAUCUUAAUUUAUUAAUAUAUGCAAAUACACCCAGUUGUAUAUAUAAUUUUAUUUAUUUUAAUACAAAAUAUAAAAUAAAUACCUGAUACCAUUAGAAAAUGUAUAUAUGAGUGCAUUCUAAGAAAAAAAUGUAAGAUUUGACAAAUUGAAAACCUGAAUUCCCACCAAAAUCCCUGAACUCCAUUAAUUAUUUGUCCGUGCCAAUAAAAUGUUUUAUGUGCUAUAAUUUAGUCAAUACCUGAUGGAUUCAAACAGUUUGGAGUAUCUUCAUCCAUUGUCCAACUGUUGCAUUUAUUAGAAUUGUUUUUAAAACUUUUUAACAAUUUUGAUGACUGUUGCUACUGGCAGUGACACUCGACCAGAAAAUAUCCUUUGAAAUCUUUGAGAGGGCAAGCAGGAACCUCAAUGUGGAGCACGCCCCUUCUGCCACGAUGUCCACAUUCAGGUUUGAUGAAUUCAGUUCUUCAAAGACUGAGACAUGCCUCCUGUUGUUCAAAGACUUUGUGCGUGAGCUCCAAUGCACAUGAAACACGCCAAAUCAAAGAACCCCUGCCAUGCCAAGCAAAUGCACUCGCUUAGCUAUAGUUCAUGGUGCAGACAAGAAUGGUUUUGGCCAUUUCCCCCGUAUGGACAAAUAAUUUGCUUCACUUGUUCUGCCUGCUUCUCUCUGUCACAGUUCAGACCAAGAGCUGGCUUACAAACGAUGCAGGGCAUUUGAUUGCUUCCUACGCAGGACACAUGACAGCACCUUUUUUCAGCUGCAAGGCAUGGCAAUUCAGCAGCGAUACUGGCCUUCUAUCAGAAGUAGCUGCAGGCACGCCUCUCCGCAAACUACAAUACUAAGACCACGAAAGAACUGUCUAGAGUGACAGAUCUGCUCAUCCAGUGCCUUCAGGGCAAUGCUCAGAUGGUUGGGGAAACGUUGACCACACUGCGUGUGGCACAGCACCACCUAUGGUUAGCACAGUCCAAGCUCCCUGACAAAGGGAAAGUUCCACUCUGAUGGAACCGACUCUCUAGCGGAAGUUUCUCGCUUGCCCCUCGAACUUUCACAAAUUGCAUAAGCGCAGCAUCAACACCCCUUUCGCCAAGCAGGAGUCAGGGUCCUGAAUUACUUAGAUGAUUGGCUAGUAUGUGUAGGGUCACAAAGCCUUGGCACACACAUCCAUUGUCUCACAUCACCUCUCCGAGUUGGGACUAACAAUGAACUUGGAAAAGAGUUCUCUGGUCCCUACUCAGUGUGUGCACUUCCUGGGUUUGACACUGUACACUGGAGCAAAACACUUGCCGGAAAGAGUGGUAUCAUUUAAAAAAUCUCUUUCAACAUUCAAACUGAGGAAAUAGGUGACAGUGCUAGAGAGUCGGAGGCUCCUAGGCCACAUUGUUCUGUUGGGCUUGCUCCACAUGAGGCCAAUACAGACACAAUCUAUGUCCCAGAAUGGACAAAUUUCAUUUCAUUUCUAACAAUGAGUUGCUAGAGAGAAAUACAAUGGUGGUGAAUAGCACUUCAAACUCCCAGUGGAGUUCUCCUAGGCGCAGUUCACAACCAGAUUUGAUUACAGACACAUCCCUACAGAGAUGGGGAGCAGUCUUGAACCAGUAAGGGGUUCAUGGUGUAUAGUCAGCGCCAUGGACAACAGCUCACAUCAAUGUACUGGAGCUCAAGGCGUCCACCUUGCCCUCCAGCACUUCCUCCCAACAUGUACCGAUAUGGACAGACAACACGACAGUGGUUGCGUACAUCAACUGCCAGGGUGGACUGAGGUCAAUGGCACUACACAAGGUAGCAAGGGAGCUACUGCUUUGGGCAAACAAACACAUUACAUCCCUCAGAGCAAUACACCUGCUGGGGCCAAUCUGUUCGCAUUGCGAGACUCAACCUAUUGUCCUAUGUGGUUCUCCAUAAAGGGUCCAGCAGGCCCACUCAGGGCUAACGCCCUAUCACACUGAUGGCCCGAGGGGGGCUGCUCUAUGUGUUUCCACCAAUUCCCUCGCUCCCUCAGUUCUUGAGGAAGAUCAGCCUUGAGAAUGAGUCAGUUCUACUUGUGGCUCCACAUUGGCCACAGAGUCACUGGUUUUCAGACCUUGUACAGCUGACAACCUUCCAAACAUGGGAACUCCCUCUUCAAGCGGACCUCCUGUCACAAGCGAACGGCAAGCUUUUGCACCCCAAACCCAGCACACUGAAGUUGUGGAUGUGGCCCCUGAACUUGACCGCCUUGUAGCUGUACCCUCCUUGGUAAUUGAUACAAUACAGGCAGUAAGGGGGUCCUCUACACAAAGACUAUUCCUACAAGUGGAACGUGUUCAGGAAGUGGUGUAUUGCCCAUGCAGAAUCGCCAUCUUCCUGCCCAAUUACUGACAUUUUGACUUUUCUCCAGAAGCUUAUUGCUGCAGGGAAGUCCCCAUCUACAUUGAAUGUGUAUAUGAUAGCCUCCCCACUUCUCACAGGAGAGUCGUGAGUUGCAUACACUUUGCACGGUUAGGGCAUUGAGUGCCUAUCUUGCCGCAACAAGAACAAUUUAUCAAACAGAACAGCUUUUUGUGUGUUAUGGGGAGAACAUCAAAGGUUACGCUGUCUCGAAGCAGAGAAUGGCACAUUGGAUUACCAAUGCAGUGUCAAAAUCACAUGCUGCAAUAGGUAGACCAACUCCAGAUGGCAUGGUAGCACACUCCACCAGGGGUAUGGCCACCUAAUGGGCCCUUGUUCAGAGGGGCCUCCCUGGAAUCAACACCCAUGCCUUUCAUGAGGUACUACAGACUCAAUAUUAUGUCCACACCAUCAGUGGUGUCUGUGGUUCUGGACACAGCACGCUCUCUCAACCCAGAUAAGUGAGCGUACUGUGAACCUUAUCACAGUACAUACUUAUCAACCAUCAGUGAGAUGGAUGUUCUAUACAGAGGGCUUCCCCUCUUGGUGCUGUUACACCUAAUUGAAGCCUCUCAUGUUUUAAGUUUUAGCUUUCAGCUUGUUUGUGUUUACAGUUGUAUACUACAGUUGGCAUUUAAUCCACCCUGUUGGGUUAAUAUAUUCUGUUGCAUCCUGUGGUGCAGGGUUUCCCAACCCUCUCCUCGGGCCCCCCAAGACAUUUCACAUUUUAGUUUUAAGCCUAAACUCAAUUAGCCAACUAAUCCUCCACCUCUGUGGAAUUCAAGUGAAGUCAUAGACAGUAUGUCACGUCACACCGCCUUUUAUAUUGACAGGUCACAUGGGUACAGUAAGGGAGUGGCGUGACUGUCAACACCUUUGAUAUUAAGCAUCUCAUCGCGUGAAGGGGAAGGAGUUCCCAUAGGUCGUUUGGUGACCCGUUAAUUUGAUGUGUGUAUGACGAUGUUACUAAUUAUGAAGAGUGUUUACAAUAACGUUGUGAUCUUGAUUUCAGGCACAAAGAACACCCCCCUUCAGAUCACUGCUAUGGUCAUUAGCCUGGGUUACUUCAUCUUUGACAUGGGCUGGUGUGUUUACUUCCGCACAGAGGGCCCGGUGAUGCUGGUCCACCACACCAUGAGCAUCCUGGGUAUCUUGCUGACCCUGAGCUUGGGGGAAUCAGGCAUGGAGUCCUGCGCCGUAAUCUUCGCCAGCGAGAUCACUAACCCCCUUCUGCAAGCUCGCUGGUUCCUGAGACAGUUGGGACGCUAUGAGAGCCUGACAGGGGAGGCGGUGGAUGUUCUGUUUGUAGUGCUAUUUGUGUUUAUGCGCAUAGUGGUUGGCGGAAGGAUGUUGUACUGCGAGCUCAUCUCCCCACGGCCCAGGUUCAUUAUAAAGUGUGAGGGAGUUGCCAUGUAUGUGCUGUCCUGGGUGUUCAUGGUGGACAUUGGUCGUUUCGCCUACCGCAAGAGUCAAUCCAAAUACAGACGCUGGAGAGACCAACACAGAUUGGCAGCAGUUAAAGAACAUGAUGGAAAAACAGACUGA